AUGGCGAAACCCGGAUUAUUAUGUCUGGUAAUUAUAGUAUUUUGCAUGCUGUGUUGUUUUAUUAACAUUAAUACUGAAGCAGCUCCUCAAGGUUCAUUAGUCAAAAGUCUUCCGGGAUUCACUGGUAGUUUUCCGUCAAAACACCACGCAGGGUAUGUUACAAUUGAUGAUGAAGAUAAUCAGACUUCGAAAAAUCUAUAUUACUACUUUGUAGUAUCGGAAAAAAAUCCGUCGGUCGAUCCAGUGGUUCUGUGGCUCAACGGUGGACCUGGCUGUUCUAGUUUUGAUGGCUUUGUCUAUGAACAUGGGCCAUUUAAUUUUGAUGCAGCAAAGCAAGAAGGGGGAUUGCCCACUUUGCAGCUCAAUCCCCACAGUUGGUCUAAGGUAUCAAACAUGAUCUAUUUGGAUUCUCCGGCUGGCGUUGGCUUCUCAUACUCUGUUGACGCAUCCAUCUACGAAACCGGAGACUUGCAGACUGCAUUUGAUACUCACCUUUUUCUCCUCAAGUGGUUCGAACAAUUUCCGGAGUUUGUUGGCAAUGAAUUUUAUAUUGCAGGAGAGUCUUACGCUGGGGUUUAUGUUCCUACUCUUGCUUCUGAUGUUGACAAAGGCAUCAAAAGUGGUGUAAAACCUGUUAUCAAUUUUAAGGGUUACAUGGUUGGAAAUGGAGUAUGUGAUCGUAGUUUUGAUGGGAAUGCUCUUGUCCCAUUCGCACAUGGGAUGGGCCUAAUCUCGGAUAAUUUGUAUAAGUCAGCUGAAGUCACGUGUAAGGGAAAUUACAACAACUACAACAGCAAAGACUGUGAGUUAGCAUUAAGUAAGAUCGAAAAGGCUUUACAUGGUUUAAACAUUUAUGAUAUCCUUGAACCUUGCUACCACAAUCCAAGUGCAAGUAGUCAGUUGCCUGAAAGCUUCAAGCAAUUGGGAAUGUCAAAUAAUAAAUCACUCUCCGUUAGAAAGAGAAUGUUUGGUCGGGCCUGGCCUUAUCGAGCACCGGUUAAAGAUGGACUUAUUCCUUUGUGGCCGCAAUUAAUGGAAAGUGUCCGUGUUCCAUGCAUAGAUGAUAGAGUAGCAACUGUAUGGCUGAAUAACAAGCAGGUUAGGAAGGCAAUUCACGCUGAUCCGGAUAGUGGAGAAUGGAGCCUAUGCACAGGUAACAUACGCUAUUAUCAUAAUGCUGGAAGCAUGAUAAGCUACCACAAAAACUUAACUGCCAGUGGAUACAGGGUACUAAUAUAUAGUGGAGAUCAUGACAUGUGUGUCCCUUUUACUGGAACUCAAGCGUGGACAGAAUCACUUGGAUAUGAAAUAGUCGACGAGUGGAGGCCGUGGACAUCUAAUAGCCAAGUCGCAGGAUAUAUUCAGGGAUAUGCUAAUGACUUCACAUUCCUCACCAUCAAGGGAGCGGGGCAUACUGUUCCUGAAUACAAGCCACAAGAAUCGUUGGAUUUUUAUAGCCGUUGGCUUAAAGGCCAAACAAUAUGA